CUGUGACACUCUCGAUGACAGACAAGUACACCAAUUAAAGCCUCGUGAUAGGAGGAGAGCUAGAGAGUUAUGAGGAGAGAUUUCCCCUCUAGUCAUCACUGUUCAUUUGGGCGUCUGUCAGAGUUAGGCUCAGCUAGCUAAAGGUUCAAACACAAAAAAUAAGAAGAAGAAGAGUUGAAAUGCGAUUUGGAAUCAUCUCAGUGGYUGCCUGGUUUCUGACCCUUCUCUGCUCCAGCCACGGGUUUCAGGUGAUGCAGCCUGUGAAACAGACACUCAACCCCGACGGUACUGUCUCCAUCACCUGUAGUCACACAGACCCAGUUGAGCUCUUUGUCAUUGACGCCAGGCUAAACAGACUCAAUAACUCUCAUGUUACCAUGGUUUGUCAGGUGAAUAACAGUCAGUUGGCUGACUGCACCUACAUGAAGGUGACAUGGAACCAGUACAAGUUCACGUUACACAACUUAAAGGCCGAGGACGUCAGUUGUCUGUUCCAGUGUGAGUUCUCAUUGACAUCUGCUUUGACCAUGAAACCCAUCACAACUGUAAWGGGGAACCCCUCCACCAAACUGCUGCCAGGACUAGCAGGAGAUGCUCCUGUCCCCGUGUGUCCUUCACCUCUACCCGAGUCUCUUGAGGCUGAGCUGAUUCACCGACUGAAGUGGAUUGUGAUUGGCCUGUCUGUGUUCCUCUGCUUCUACAGCUUCACCGUCACCUUCUUCUAUAUCAGGCUGAGGGUCCUUCGAUCUGAGGAGCUGUAUGAUUCGCUGACAUACGUCCCCAUGCAGCCUAAUCAGACCCAACCUACGACGGGAAGAGGGAACAUUAAUUCAACCUACAUGGAUAUGAGGAAGGUACCAGUUGGAGUGAGAGGCUCACGAUCCAUCAACCACAAUUCCCAAUUCAAUUGUUGACCAAGUAAAGAGACCUUCAACGGAUCAGAUCAAUGAAAUCAGAUUCAGAACAUUUUGAAGCCUAAUGUAUGAAAGAGCCGGUAACACUUAAAAGGCCCAUUGUUUUAUUAGUUAUAAGAAUGUAUAGGAGGCUUUCUAAAGUCCCAUCCCGCUGGGCACAGACGUCAGCUCAACGUUCAGUUUUGUUUCACAUUUGGUUGAGUUGUAAACUAAAUGUGAAUUCAAAGUGAACUCAUUUUUAAUUAUUAUUUUUUUUAAAUGGGUGAAAACAAUUAUUUCUUUACGUCGAUGACAUUUUGCACGUUGAUUCUUUACGUCGAUGACAUUGUGCACGUUGAUUCAGCAUCAUCACACCGAGAGAGAAAAAAAGUUUUGAAAUGAUGUGAAAACAACGUUACGUUUUUGCCAAGUGCGAUGCUGCUUACUAGUCUAGAAUGUGUAUAAUAUAUAUAGAUAUGCUUACUAGUCUAGAAUGUGUAUAAUAUAUAUAGAUAUAAGUGCCUAAGUAAGGCUUUCCCGACUCGUCACAAUGAUUGUAGAAACAGAAAAAGUGCUGCUUGUUAUAUUCAAAUGGAAUUGUAAUAAACUCAUGAUGCAUAUUGGA